AGAAGCCCCCCGCGGACGCCCUGGCCCUGGGGGAGUGGGGCAGGGCCAGCCGACUGCAGCUCAGCCCGGCCGAGCAGAAGCAGCAGGAGGAGCUGCUGGAGCGGUACGCCAUCAACAUCUACCUCAGUGACCGCAUCUCCCUGCACCGCCACAUACAGGACAACAGGAUGCCCGAGUGCCGGUCCAAGACCUUCGACUACGGGCGGCUGCCCACCACCUCGGUCAUCGUGGCCUUCUACAACGAGGCCUGGUCCACGCUGCUGCGCACGGUGCACAGCGUCCUGGAGACCUCGCCGGCCGCGCUGCUGAAGGAGGUCAUCCUGGUGGACGACCUGAGCGACCGCGCGCACCUCAAGGCGCAGCUGGAGGCCUACGUGAGCACCCUGGCGCGCGUGCGCCUCGUCCGCACCCAGAAGCGCGAGGGGCUGGUCCGCGCGCGGCUGCUGGGCGCCAGCUUCGCCACGGGGGACGUCCUCACCUUCCUGGACUGCCACUGCGAGUGUAACUCGGGCUGGCUGGAGCCGCUCUUGGAGAGGAUCGGCCAGGACGAGACGGCCGUGGUGUGCCCGGUGAUCGACACCAUCGACUGGAACACCUUCGAGUUCUACAUGCAGACCGGCGAGCCCAUGAUCGGCGGCUUCGACUGGCGCCUGACCUUCCAGUGGCAGUCGGUCCCCAAGCAGGAGCGGGAGCGGCGCAGGUCGAGAACCGAGCCCAUCCGGUCGCCCACCAUGGCCGGGGGCCUGUUCGCCGUCAGCAAGAAGUACUUCGAGUACCUGGGGACCUACGACACGGGCAUGGAGGUGUGGGGCGGCGAGAACCUGGAGCUGUCCUUCCGGGUGUGGCAGUGCGGCGGGCGCCUGGAGAUCCACCCCUGCUCGCACGUGGGCCACGUGUUCCCCAAGCGCGCCCCCUACGCGCGCCCCAACUUCCUGCAGAACACGGCGCGCGCCGCCGAGGUCUGGAUGGACGGCUACAAGGAGCACUUCUACAACCGCAACCCGCCCGCCAGGAAGGAGGCCUACGGCGACAUUUCCGAGAGGAAGUCGCUGCGGGAGCAGCUGCGGUGCAAGAGCUUCGACUGGUAUCUGAAAAACGUGUUUCCGAGCCUGCACGUCCCGGAGGACAGGCCGGGCUGGCACGGCGCCAUCCGCAGCCUGGGCAUCUCCUCCGAGUGUCUAGAUUACAACGCGCCCGAGAGCAACCCCACGGGCGCGAACCUGUCGCUGUUCGGCUGCCACGGCCAAGGCGGCAACCAGUUCUUCGAGUACACGUCCAACAGGGAGAUCAGGUUCAACUCCGUGACGGAGCUGUGCGCCGAGGUGCCCGAGCGGAGGACCCACGUGGGGAUGCAGAACUGUCCGAAAGACGGGCUCCCCGCGCCGGCCAGCAUCGUUUGGUAUUUUAAAGACGACGGGACGAUUUUCCACCCGCACUCGGGACUCUGCCUCACCGCCUAUCGGACCCCCGAGGGCCGGCCCGACGUGCAGAUGAGAACUUGUGACGCCCCGGAUAAGAGUCAGAUCUGGAAGUUUGAGAACUGAAGGAGCACAGCAGCGCUUUGCCCGGGGCGGGUGGUGUGUUCAGGGAAGUCAGAGGCGCCUCAGCCACGAUUGUGUUUGAUCCGAAAGGGCCCCGGGGUGGUCCGCGGUGGCAGCGCCGAGGCCCGCGGGGCGGCGCCUGGCUCUUGGGGGGCUAUUUCAGAGCUCUGUCGGGGCGGCCCCUCCCCUUGGAGAGGGCGACUGGGAAUCAGGAUACACAAAACAUGGAAGUGUCAGACGAUACUAAAGAAUGUAACAGUUCAAGUAAAAUAAGAGAUGAUGUAUGUUGAUGGGUAAGUUCACUGCACGUCCCGUUUUUAAAUAACACGCAUAAAAGUGCAGUUUGAGCUACAGCUGUUUUGACUGUACAUAGAAGUUUAAUUUCUUUAGCCAGCACAUUAAGUUUUAGGUUUUGUUUAUUUUUUUUAUUCUAGUUUUUUUUUUUUGUUUUUUUUAAUCAAAUGGAAAUCAGAGAAAGCUGAUUUUAAGGAGAAAGGCCUGGUUUAGAUAUAUGUGUCAUUAGAAGAGGGCAUUAGUUUGAAUGUGAGGUUGGCGGUCUUUUUAACGUACAGACAUCUCAGAAAAAUAUACCCACACCUGAAUGAAAUGGGGAGAUCUUUACAUUCCACACUUUGUAAACUUGAGCUGUUGGACUUCACUGAUCUAUUUUGAUACCUCAGAUAGCUCUGGUUUUGUAGCCUGUCCUGUCUGUGAACUUGUUUGUGUGUUAGGGCAUUUUCCGAUUGCACUUCCUUAAGUUAUGAAUGUACUAGGGAGGGACUCACUGAGAAUACUGUACUUCCUUACCUUUGUUAAUGCUUAAUCACCUAAAGUAAAUACAGUUGAGGCCUCUCUGAGCUCAAAACCCAACUGUGUUUACUGAAAUGUGUGAAACCGAAAGUGGGCCCCUCUGUGCAGAGGCUGUGGAACUCGCCUGUGAGUUCUUGCUGAUGAGGGCAUUUCAGGACUUAUCUUAAGAAGACUAGGGAAAAAAGCCUGUCUUGACAGUGGUGAAUGCCGCCUUCCAGCACGUUUUUAGCUGCUACCACCGAACCUGGCACUUAGGCAGCUUCGGGCAGUGGGAGAAGGACUGAGCGAAUGAAUAGCUCAGCCCAGGAGUGUGACUCCGGUCAAGUCGUUUGACCAAAUGACUCAGUUUGGGCCUCAAGUUUUCUCAUCUGUAAAAUGUGGGUGCUGGACUAGAUCUUGAAGAUCCCUUCCAGCUCUGCAGUGUUACGAUGAUGCAUUAUAUCAGUCUCAGAUUGAAUCAUUGUGCGGUCUUUACAACACUUUUUAUCUCUUCAUUUUAACACAGGUAAUAUUGUUGAGCAAUUCAGUCCAGUUAGGAAGCUGGAAAAGAGAAAUGACUGUAACACUUAAGUGAGCUGAGCUCACCUGGACCUGGUUUAUUUUGCAUUGAGUGGAAAGCUAUUGUGGUCAGUGUUUGCAUUCAUUUCAUUUUGACAAUUGUUGAACCAGUUUUUGUUUUUAUCUUUUAAUCUUUCAAACUGUAAGUAAUCUUUUGGGCUAAGGAUGUAAAUAUUUCCCAAACUAAAUAAUUUGAGAAGUAAGCACACUAUUUUUUACUGAUUUUAUUCCAUUGUUAUAUCUAGAAAUCACUGGCUAAAUUUAGAAUUAAAUUUUAGUUAGUUCACUUUGGUCUACAUUUUUGAAAAAUGUAUGCUUCGUAAAGAUUUAGCUCUUUUCGGUGUCUACUUAAUGACCUAGAGGGUAGCAACUUUGCAAAAUCUGAAAUUAAGAGAAAAAUGUUGAGGCUAGCCAUUUCAAAAAGUAAAAUUGCUCAGUGUCUUGAAUAUUUUGUUUCUUUUUUUGCUUCUUAAAAUGAAAAUGUGUUAUUAGCUUUCUGUAAGUUAUCUGGCAACCUUAAAGAUGAACAAAGAAUUGCCCAGAUUCCCUGUGCAGUGUGCAUGGCCCGGGUGUAACUUAAGGAGGACUUAGAAUAGUGCUCUGAAUUUUACAGAAGGCUUGACUGACAACAGAUAUUCUCCUAAACCCACCCUCUUCCCUUGCUCAGUCUGUCUUUUUUAAUGAUUAAAUUACCUUUUCUUUUAAACUUAUUUUUGUUGUUCUUGGUAGCCCCUCCUCAAGUGGGAGAACUAAAAUAGAUAUGUUCUGGAAGUACUUACUGGAAUUAUUUUUAUUCCAGUAUCUUGCUGCUCAUGUCAAGAGGGAAAGGGAGCAUUGAAAAGUGAAGGAGUACUGUACUUAAUUCUCCACUUUUGGUCUGAAUUUCAGGGUGUGACCUAUUCAUCUUUUUGUAAGAAAUUUUAGGGUAGUGCUUUAUUUAUAUGAAUAAUUUGGAACAGUUAGGCUGUUCAUUCCUCACAAUACUGUAGGUAACAGAAGAAUGAGACUCACUUUUCAUACAUAGGCAUUUCCAAUUUAAUUCCAAAACCACACCAUAAAACUGCAAACAAAAUAUGUUUUGUUGCCCUACUUCUAAUUCAUUGGUACCAAAGCUCUCUUUUGUUGUGGACAAUUAAGAGUUGACCUUUUAAGUUAACUUACAUGCUUAAUAACAGUUUUAGUAAAAUAUUUGCUAGACACAAAGUUCCAACUUUAACUGGCCAGUCACUGUGUCAUUUGGUAUCCAAGUCAUUAAAAAAAAAAAAAUGAUAAGUUGGUCGUCCGCAGGAUCUAUAACUCAAAAUAACUUGUUUGUAAAAGAAAAUUUGUAUUCAUUAGAUGUUGGCAAAUCAAACUUUCCUAGGUGGAAGACAAGGUUAUUUUUUAAGUUAUGUAGUUGUAGUUGAUUUAGGAUCUCAAUUUGAGUUGAUAAAAUACUUAGCUUUGACUUGUCUCUUUGAGUUGCUGUUUUAAUAAUAUUUUUAAAUGAGCACAAAGAAUGUUGAGGUUCAGAUUAAUCUGUUUUGAACGAUGAAUUUUUUUCUGUGUGAUGAGUGGUUUCCACCCUUUUUUCCUUUUGUUAAUGGUAUUUGCCAUGUUGAUUAAGGCAUAAAAUAAAAUGUGUGCCUAAUUAUUUUUGCAAA